CGUGUGGCAUUCAACGAACUCGGACGGACUUAGUCCGGUUUCGGAGCCCAGUUACAGCACUUGGAUUGCAGAUGCGGAUUACCAAAAGAUAGACCAGUAUUUGAACGGAUUGGGCCGGGCUUUUUCGAGUGACGAUGUGGUGCAGUGGAGUUGAAGUUCAAUAAGGCACAACUAAUUAAUGAGCCGGCUCCAGUGCGAUGAUUGAAUGAUGGCCCCUGUGGAGCACGCCAUGCAAAUGCAACACCUUCGCCGGGUAUCUUACAGUGUACCUAAUAUCUCAUACCCUGCGCGAUUCGCUAACACGUUGGAAAUUAGCGUUCAAUGCGCCUAAACGGAUUGCAUUCACCGCUAAUUGCUCACAAAUUGCUAGCUCCACCGCCGCCAAAAUAAACCAACAAAGAAAUCAAGUUAAAAACCAAUAAUAACCAGUCAGUGAAACAGUGCGAUUUGCAUCCGCAGCUGCGGCAUUCCGCGGCUGUUUAGCACGCCCAGCCCCCAGGAAGAAGGAGGAGGAUGGUCACCUGCAAGGUGGACUCCCAAACCGCGGUGGCUGUGCCCAAAAUGAACUCGGUCCGGACCCGCGGAAAGCCCGCCGCCGGAAGCAACAGCAAUAGCAACUCCUCCGGCUUUCGGCUCCUGGACGGCGACCAGCUCGAAAACAAUUCGAGUGUCAGCCGCAACUCGAUCUACAAACUGAAGAUCGAUCUCAUGUUUGACGAUUCCAGAUCCAUGCGAAGCAGCCGCCUUGACGAUCCACGGGGAUCGCAUCGCACCCGCUCCAUCAUCAUGUAUGGGCGCAGUGAGUUGGCCAGCACCUCGGGCGACACGCCCCGCUCCCUGAGCAGCUUCCUGCAGGACAACCAGCAGGGAAUGGGUCAGGGUCAGGGGCAGUCGGCCAAGGUGCUGGCCGAGGCGGCCAAGAAGGACGUGCAGCGGAUCAGCAACAGUGUGCAGGCCCAGAUCGAACAGAUGUUCACAGAUGUGGCCAAGGACGCCACCAGCAGCUUCGAUGUCACCUGCCUGGGAUCUCUGCCACUGAAGGACAAGGUGACCAGUCUGCAGGGUCUGCAGGAGCCACUGCGUCAGCUGUACCUUAGUGAGGUGACUAAGAAGAAACUAAACUCCGGAUCGCUGGAUAUCUGUGCCACCGGACUGAGAGUGAAGAUCAGCGCUCUGGCACUCCCAAAUGGAUCGACUGCUCCGGAGGAGAACGAGGCCCUCAUUACGCCCUUCCACAACAUUGCCGUGUGGUCGGCAGUGAAGUUCGUCAUAUCCGAUGACGAUGGUGGUGCCGCCUUUCUACCCCUGAUCACCGAUCCAGAAAAUAUCGACAAGACUGCCCUGUUCCAGCCACUCAGUCCCAGCGAGCAGCUGGCGGUGGAGCAAAGCAUCCAUGUGCACGCGCCCAUUUUCGCUGUGGUAAUGCGAUCGGCCAGUUCGCCCAAGGUGCUCGAGUGCCAUGGAUUCAUCUGCAAGAGCACGGAGGACGCCAUAGUGAUCGCGGCCACGCUCUACCAGAGUCUGAUGGCCCACGUGAGCAGCAGUUCCCGGCGGAGCACCCAGCGGAGGGCACCGCGUCAGCAGAACGGAGUCAGCUGCAUUAGCAUCGCGAGCAGCUCGGCAUUGACCAGCUCGAACUACCUGUCCCGGUCGCAGAUAGUGCCCAGUGCCUCUGGACGUCGCAGCUCCUUCCGGGGUAGUGCCGGUGGUGCUCCAUCCCGUUCCGGUCGGAAGAAGCGGGUGUCCAAUAGCUCCCUGAGCUCACACAGUAAUGUGAUCAACGAGACCGCAGAACUGGAAACAUCGACGGAGGAGCGCAGGCGCAAAUCCCACAAGUCUAAGCGGGCUCCUCCGGUUCCCACCACGGUUCCUGGCUUGGGUAAUCACAGAAGCGGCGGAGCAGGAGGAGGGCCAUCCCGAAGUGGCAGCAUAGUGUGUGGCAAUGGCCACGUAAACCGACUGCAUCAAAGCGCUCAUCACGGCAAAAAGUCUUCUGUGGGAUCGGAACUAUCUGCCACUGUCGAUGUGGCUCCCGCCAACGGGGACAUCCUCACGCGUGUGGCCAUUCCCCGAUCCGGCAGCUUUCUCAACACCGGAGGAUUGACGCGCUACAAGUCGCGGGCGGCGAGACGCCAUUCCGGCAAACUGGGCGGCGGAGGCGGCGGCGGAGGAGGUUCCCCACUUGGUUUCAGCGAACUGUUUAACGAAUUUCGCCUGCACGAGAACCUGCACUCGCUGGACGACAUCCUGUACGCCAUCAUCGAUGCCGACGGCAUGUCCUUCAACGAUCUGAAGCCCAUCUACAAGGAGUUCCUGCUGAAGCUAGCAGUCACUCUGACCCAAGACGAGCUCUUCCAGCGCUCCAAGAACAUCAUGAGGCGCCAGAAGAAAAAGAAGCAAAAGCGCAAGCCCAGUGUAAAUGGAUCACAGAAGAAUGUGAAGACGAGUUUUUUCGGCACGAAGAGUCUGAAGAAGGUUCUCCAACUGGGCCAAUUUCGCUCGUGCCGCGGCAAGUUGACCAAGCCCGCGGUUAAGGAGUCCACCCUGGACAGCAAGGGUAAGCCCAGGAUCAGUUCGCCCAUCAUCAUCGGACCGCCCAUCAGCCACAGCCACGCCCAGCAGCAGCACCAGCGGAAUAGGGCGGCCACCAGCGGCUCCGAUGUCUCCGUGGUGCGGAACGAGCACACCCAAGGACUCAAUCGGAACAGCAGCAGUGGAUACGUGUCUUGCUCGGAGUGCAGCUAUGACUCCGAGUCCUGUGCCUGCGCCUCCGCCGAUCGCUGCUACUGCAGCCUGCGCACGGAGCACCUAAACCACAAGCUGCGUCAGAAGAACGAACGGACUAUGGCCCUGGCCUCACCCACCCGAAAGCCCACGAGCGGGGCUGUCCUGCCCCCCAGUGCAGCUGGAACUGCAGCCAACAACCGGCACUCGUUGAUCUCUUGCCGCUCGGACGACAAGUGCUACUGCUCCAUGGUGGAGGAGGAGCCGGCCAGCUCGAUGGAACGUGACUCGGCCAACAACUCGCACACGGAAACCACCACAUCCUGUGACUCCGACAGCUGUGUGAGCGCCAGCAAGUGCUACUGCAAGCGGACCCAUCGGCGUCAGCGCUCCGCGACGGCAGCGGCCAUCAGCGAGGAUUCACUGUCGCAACAGCAGCGCAAAUCCCGCCCAGGAAACGGAGGAGCUGGUGGGGCACGCAAGGGAAAGUCUGCAGAGAAGCUGGGCCUGGACUACGAACUCUUCAGCAUCAGCGGAAGUGGUCAGCCGGUGCAACCGCACGAGGCACUGAGCGUGAAGAAGAGCGUGGAGGCGGCGGCGGUCUUUGCGGACAUGAAGCUCAGCCAGACGACGGACAUUAAGAGCCUCUGCCCACCAAAGGGUCCGGGAUCGAGGAUUGGCAAUGGAAGCUGCCGAUCGUACGCCUCCUCCAGAAGGUCCUCGUACCGCACCCGCGAAUCCUUCAGCACGGAUCGAUUGGGUGGCGGCCUCCCACCGCCGAUGCCUCUGAGCAAGGGCAUGGGAUUGGCGGGCGGAGGAAGCGCCGACAAUCUGUUGGCGAAUCUAAAGGCCAUGGAGGCGAAGGCCGCCUCCAUUCGCAGCAGCGCCAGCAGGAGCCGCAUGGGCAGCUAUCAGUCGAUGCGGGCGGUCAGCGCCUCCCUGGAGGACUCGCUGGGGUACUUGCCAUAGACCAGGAUGUGGGAUCCGAAACUAGAAGCUGAUUCUGAUAAGAUGUACAUAGUUCAUAAGCCUAUAUUUAAAGGAAAUACUUUACUCCCGCGAA